AUGCUCGCCCGCGCCGCGGCGCUCGCAGCGGCGCUGUCGCUGAGCGCGGAGGGCCUGGCCCUGCAGUCCCAGCAGCCGGAGCUCGCCCAGGCGGGCGGCGAGCUGGCCGGCGCGGAGGAGGCGAAGGGGGAGUGGCCCUGGGGCCGGCAUGCGAAGCGGCCCGUGGAGGAGCAGCAGGCGCCCGCGCCCGCGCAGAACCGCGUGGCCGUGCUGGUCUCGGGUUCCGUCGAGCGCCUGCUGCUCUCGCCGCUCCUCACGAACGUCGUGCGCCCCAACGCCCUGAAGGGCCUCCAGGUGGACCUGUUCUUCCGGCUGACGGCGCCCACGAAGUUCACGAAGGGCGCCCUCAGCAAGCUCUCCGGGAGCAGCGACCCGAAGAUCGCGACCCUGCUGCAGACCGCGGAUGAAACGAGCUUCAACUCCACGGUGAUGGACUUCAUCUGCACGUACGCUGAGUCGCAUCUGGCCGCCAGCUGCCAGUGGGACCUCGAGACGAGCGACGCGCUGUCCUUGCCCCCCGACCUGACCCAUCGCCAGAUCAUGACUCAAACCAGCCCGCUUGACACCACUGAGGGCAAGGAGGCCAUCACCAGGUGGCGUUCUUUGUCUCGGUUGUGGACUGCGGCGCGCGCCAAAGCCAAGGAGAUGCAGGAGCCCUACACAGCCGUCCUGGCGACGCGCGAGGACGACUAUUGGUUGGCACCCCGCCUCAUCAACAUCCAGGAUUUCCAGCUGGACUCCAUGAAGAUGUCGGUGACCCCCUGCCUCCACUCCUCAGGCGUCCACGAGAAGACCGUGAUCAUGGGCCACGACGCCGCAGACGUGAUGCUGCGCAUCUACCAGGCGUGGCAGAAGGGCGACAUGAGGCUGGAGGGCACUCGCACGGCCGAGGAGGCUUGGUUCCGGCUCGCCACGGAGUCCGAGCUCAACAUGAAGCCCGAGCCAAUGAACGCAGCAUCGGCAUCGUACACGCACAGCGGAUUGCCGUGCUUCCAGGAAGGCACCUUCAACUUGAAGCAGGACGAGGACUACGAGCAGUGUUUUGCCGAGAGCGCUGAGGACUCCCCUAUCACGGACCUCUUCAGGACAUUCAGUUGCGAGACAAUGAGCCCGUGGACUUCUAUGACCUGCUCUGGCCGCAGCAGGUGA